AUGGCAGAAGUCAAACUUUUUGAGCUCACAGUCAUCUGUUUGAUGAUGCUUCGUGGCUCGUCAGCAGCGUUGAACUGCAGCAGCCCGACUCCCACCUCCUUAUUUCAAGAGCUUGAGAAGGAUCUUUUCUCUAAAAGUCUGAUUCGUCCUGUUGCGAGAUUUGAAGAUUCGUUGAACAUAACCCUCCGCAUCACUGUGCUUGGGAUUUUAGGAGUGGAUGAAAAAGAACAAACCAUGACAACAGUCUUGUGGCAAACGCUGGAGUGGAAUAUCGCAGGACUGAGCUGGGAUGAGCAGAAAUGCGGAACAGCAAGAGUCUCUGUGCCUCGAGAGAAGCUUUGGGUUCCAGAUGUUGUGAUCUCAGAGAUUGUUGAUGAGGACAAGACUCCCAAACCUCCUUACGUCUACCUAUACAACACGGGUCAUGUUUAUGACGAUAGACCGGUCAGGGUGGUCAGCUCCUGCCAGUUAGGAAUCUACAAUUUCCCCUUUGACAUCCAAAACUGCUCGCUGACCUUCGGAUCAUAUCUACACUUUGAUACGGACAUCAAGAUGUUUCUUGGAAACACGACUGGUGAGAUCCUGCAGGAGUCCAGAGAUCAGAUGGAGUUCAGCGGGGAGUGGGAGCUCUCAAAAAUCAUUGUGGAUUCAUCCACGCUGGAGCUAAAAGUGGGGAAAUACUCUCAGAUCACAUACUUUCUCAUCAUACGACGCAGACCGACCCCGUAUGUGGUGAACCUGCUGCUUCCCAGCUGCUUCCUCAUCACCGUGGACCUCUUCAGCUUCCUGCUGCCUCCGCAGAGCACCGACCGCUCCUCCUUCAAGAUGACCCUCAUCCUGGGCUACACUGUCUUUCUGAUCAUCAUGAACGACCUGCUGCCCGCCACCGGGGAGACGACGCCUCUCAUCAAUGCGUUCUUCUCCAUCAGUCUCGCCCUGAUGGUGGCCAGUCUUCUGGAGACGGUUUUCAUCACCAACAUCCAGUUCAGCUCCGGUCGGUUCAGUGCGGUGCCUCACUGGCUCAGUGUCCUGGUGCUCCGUUAUCUGGCUGUGGUCGUGUGUAUGCGUCCUAAGGAGAAGAGUAACCAAGAGACAGCCUUCCACAAUCCAUACUUUAAAGCUUCAACAACAAAUACCACCUCCAAGACCAUCUCAGGUGAGCCGACGGUUUUGAGUGAUGCAACUCCAGCAGAGGCUCCUCUCCGGCCUGCAGCUCUCCCGGAGCUGACCCUGGAUGAGCUGAAGCAACUGAGCAGAGAUCUCCAGGCGAUCCGUCUACAGAUGGACAAAUACUUCCAGAGCUCCAAAGACUCCGAGGAAUGGGAAAUGAUCGGGAUAAUAAUCGACCGCUUCCUGUUCGGUUUGUACAUCCUCUUCAUCGUCGUGAGCUUCCUCACCAUCACGGGGAUUUGGAUCUGGAAUAACACAUUUGCUGCAUGA